AUGAGCUCCAUGAGUCCUGCGCUCGAGACGCAGAAGGAGCUCUACGACGAGGCCAUGCUGCAUGUGAACGCGGGCGUCGCCGCCCAGAGCGGCGAGGACAAGGCGGCCGCGGAGAAGGAGUUCGCGACGGCCAUCGAGGUCAUGGAGCGGGCGCUCGCGAUGGACUUCUCGCACGAAGAGAAGGAAGCGAGCAAGCGCUUGGCCAACAAGAUGGGUCGGUACGUGACGAUGAUCAAGAGCCAGCGCGGCAAGGGCGAUGGGAAGGGCGCCACUGCGCGCUACAACAUUCUCGACCUCGAGAACCUCCCGGCGCGGUAUGCGCCCGUGACGAACGCGCUCACGACGUCGCCGACGCAUGGCGAUGUCUUCGAGUCGCUCAAGAACAUCUUUGGCUUCCAGGAGAACAACGUCAAGAACCAGCGCGAGCACGUGACGUUGCUUCUGACCAACUACAAGGAGCAGCUCGAGACGCCGCUCGCGACGCCGCUCGAGUCGUCCAAGAAGAGCAAGAAGACCGAGAUCGUGGCGCCGCUCUUGCCCGCGGACGCGGCCGAGGCCACCAAGCUCGCGAUCGAGAAGCUGCACAUGCGCCUCUUCGACAACUAUGGCAAGUGGUGCAAGUACCUCAAGCAGACGCCGGCGUUCUCCAAGGAACCGCUAGUGGACAUCGCUGGCAACUUCCGGCAGACGCCGGAGCUGCUCUGCUUCCUCUUCCACUCGCUCCUCCCGACCGCGACGCCCAACUCGUCGCCCAAGGAGCCUGGCACGUACCUCGCGACGAUCAUCCGCCCGAUCUACGCCGAGGUCAAGAAGGACAACGACAAGAAGACGCCGCUCGGGCAGCGCGCGCCCCACAAGGAGAUCCGCAACUACGACGACUUUAACGAGUUCUUCUGGACGACCAAGUGCCUCAAGUUUGACGCGACCAACAUCGCGACGGCGCUCGGGUCGUCAACAAGAAGGGGCAGCCGCAAGACGUGCCCAAGACGUUCAUCGAGACGCGGUCGUGGGUCCGCGCGCUCUGCCACGAUCCUCGGGAAGCUCUACUACAAGCCGCGCCUCUCGUACAACAUGAACGACGACUUUGAGGUCGAGACGUGCAACCUCCCCAAGCUCGCGACGUGCCUCGGCGUGUCCAACUACGUACCGUACACCACGUUCCAGUACCUCCCAGAGGACAUGAAGAUGCUCAUGGCCGACAUCCCGUUCCAGCCGUGCCUCGAGCUCCUCGGCGGUCGCUGCAGCUGCUACCUCGAGACGCUCAAGGACUGCUUCUCGCAGAAGGGCACGUCGGUUGUCUACGACCUCUCGGACCCGGGCGCGAUUUCAAGCAUCAAGUACAACCAGGCGACGUGCAUGCCAGCGUACUACAAGGCCGCGCUCGACGUCAUCAACAACGCGGGCAACGGCAAGCUCAACUGCGCUACGUGCACGUUCCCGGCGGCGGACAUGCCGACCAAGCUGCCGGCGUUCUUGAUCGGGCUCGUCGACUUCAGCCGCGCCGACAUGGGGCCGCUCGUCUUCCUCGGUGGCGCCGCGGUCUUUGCCUUGUUUGUCGCGGGCGAGAUGGUCAACCGUCUCUUCUCGGGCCUCUUCAUCGGGUACGUGGGCCGGAACCUGCCGGUCCCGUGGUCGGCGUGGUGCCGCUACAGCUGCUUCUGGCUCUUCAUGUUCACGGUCAAGCUCCUCUUCGACUACAACUUUAUGGUCAAGAACCUCGUGGAGACGUCGCUCAUGAUUUGGCUCUCGGACCCGACGCAGUACCUCCAAGUGUCGCACUUUAUGGUGCAGAAGAGCUACCACAACAUCAUCUACAUCGUCUUCCUCUGGCUGCCCGCGGUCAUCGUCUUCUUCUACGACUGCCAGAUCUUUUACGCCAUGUUCUCGGUCGUCUUUGGCUCGAUCCGCGGCUUCAACCUCCGCAUUGGCGAGCUGCGGUCCUUCCGCAUUCUGCGCCAAGCGUUCAAGUCGAUUCCCAAGAUGUUCAACAAGAAGCUCGUGCCCAACGAGGCCGAGGUCGAGGCCUCGAAAGCCAAGAUGGAAGAGAAGAAGAAGAAGGUGUCGGCCAAGGAGAAGGAGGCCGCAGAAGAGCACGCGCUCGAGAUCAAGGCGCAGCUGUACCAAGGCGGGAGCGCGCUCACCAAUAUCUCGAUGCACAAGUCGUUUGGGCACGUCUCGGGCAUUGACGGCAAAGAGUUUGAGCGCGUCUACCCGUUCGCGAUGGCGUGGAACCGCUGCCUGAGCUCGAUGCGCGAGGCAGACGUCAUCAACAACCGCGAGCUCAACGUCUUGAGCUACCUCAUUGACGGCCACGACACGGACGAAGCCCGCUUGUACCCGCCGGCGUUCCUCACGGCCGGCAAGCUCGACGAGUCCCUCGACAUCAUCUCCGACUGCGCGGCCAUCUACGACAAGCUCAAGAGCGACAAGAAGAAGGAGUCGGCGCUCGACAAGGUCGAAGCCGCGAUGCGCGAGCGCCUCAAGAAGGACGAUCUGCGUAUCGAAGCUUGCCUCGGCUCGUACAAGUUUACGGUCCGCGUCCUCAAGGUGCUGCUCGGCGACGCGCAUGCCGACAUGGAGCCGUGCUACGACUUUAUCGAGGAGGCGGUCCACACGCACGCGAUCCUCAAGGGUCUCAACGUCUCGGGCCUGCACGCGCUCCGCACCGCCGCGAGCGUGGCCAUGAAGGCGAUCGUGGAUGCGCCCAAGGCCGCCAAGAGCGACUCGCUCACGUUCCAGCGCGCCUUGUACCGCGUCAUCGACGCUGUCGAGCAGCUCCUCGUGCAGCUCAAGAAGGUGCUCUCGAAGCAGGAGGCGCUCGCCAAGGUGCUCAACGACACGCCGCUCAAGCCCAACUCGUUCUUCAUUGCGGCCGACCCGACGCACGAGUAUGCGACCAACCAGCUCAACGCGCUCAUUGGCGACAAGCAGACGAUGGCGAUCGUCUCGCGCGCGUACCAGCUGCUGACGGUCGACAACGUUGACGCGGAGCCGCGCUCGGAAGAGGGCCAGCGCCGCCUCCGCUUCUUCUCCAACUCGCUCUUCAUGGAGAUGCCGGACGCGCAGUCGAUCAAGAAGAUGCACUCGCUCUCGGUCGCGACGCCGUACUACUCGGAGAUCGUCUUGUACUCGAUGAAGGACCUCCUCGUGACGGAGGGCAAGGGCGGCGAGACCAAGCUGCUCUACUACCUGCAGACCGUCUACCGCGACGAGUGGGAGCACUUUUUGGAGCGUCUCGGCGUCUCGAACGAGAAGGAUGCGAUCGCCAAGAGCCCGGAGGAAGUCCAGCUCUGGGCGUCGUACCGCGGCCAGACGCUUGCGCGCACGAUCCGCGGCAUGAUGUACAACGAGGAGGCGAUUCGGUUCCUUUACUGGCUCGAGCUCGGCCACCACAAGGCGUCCGAAGAGCUCAACAAGGAGCUCGACGAGAUGGUCGCGCUCAAGUUCAACUACGUCGUGACGUGCCAGAUCUACGGCAAGCAGAAGGAAGAGGACAAGCAGCAGGCCAAGGACAUCGACUACCUCCUCAAGAAGCACCCGUCGCUCCGCGUCGCGUACGUCGACGGGCCCAAGAAGAUGAAGGAAGGCCCGCCCAAGUACUUUUCGUGCCUGGUGCGCGCCAGCAAGGACGAGGAGAAGGUCACGGAAGUCUACCGCAUCGAGCUGCCCGGCGAUCCGAUCAUUGGCGAAGGCAAACCGGAGAACCAGAACCACGCCGUCGUCUUCUCGCGCGGCGAGCUCAUCCAGUGCGUCGACAUGAACCAGGACGGGUACUUUGAAGAGUGCCUCAAGAUGCCCAACCUCCUCGCGACCGUCGACCGACCGGAGCACAAGAACUCGCCGCUCACGAUCAUUGGCUUCCGCGAGUACGUGUUUACGGGCGCGGUCUCGAACCUCGCGUCGUUCAUGCAGAUCCAGGAGCUCUCGUUCGUCUCGCUCGGCCAGCGCAUGCUCGCGUACAACUACGUCCGCCAGCAUUACGGGCACCCGGAUAUCUUUGACAAGAUGUUUGCCAUGGGCACGGGCGGCACGGCCAAGGCGUCGCGUGGUAUCAACCUCUCGGAAGAUAUCUUUGCCGGCUUCAACUCGACGCUCCGCGGUGGCCGCGUCUCGCACGAAGAGUUCAUCCAGGUCGGCAAGGGUCGUGAUGUCGGCAUGCAGCAGCUCGCGCUCUUUGAGGCCAAGCUCUCGUCGGGUGCUGGCGAGUGCGUCACGUCGCGCGACGUCAUGCGCAUGGCCAACCGCCUCGACUUCUUCCGCCUCAACUCGUGGUUCUACGGCAACCUCGGCUGGUACUUUACGCAGACGAUGACGGUCUUUGGCGUCUACUUCUUCAUUUACGGCAAGAUCUACUUUGCCUUGUCUGGCAUGGACGCGUUCUACCUCCAGCUCGGCCGCAUGGGUAUCUCGGGCGUCCUCAACACGUCGUGGGCGCUGCAGUUUGGCUUCCUCUUGGUCGUGCCCGUCAUCGGUGUCGUCGGUGUCGAGCGCGGCUUCCGCCACGGUGUCACGUUCCUCUUCUGGAACGUCAUGACGCUCGGCCCGCUCUUCUUCACGUUCCAGAUGGGCAACCGCAUGCACUACUUUGACCGGACGCUCAUCCACGGCGGCGCCAAGUACCGCGCGACCGGUCGUGGCUUUACGAUCAAGCACGAAAAGUUCGCCGAGCUCUUCCGGUUCUACGCGUUUAGCCACUUUUACCGCGGCGUCGAGCUAAUGUUCUUGCUCGUGCUCUUUGCGAUCUACGGCACGUUCAACUGGUGCAACUGCUCGUGGCAGCAGGACAUUACGUUUUACAACGGCGUCGAGCCGCUCCCAUACGAGUGGCAGGCGCGCUGCUACGCCAACUGGUACCAGCAGUGCGUGCUCCCGACCAACCAGAACUAUGGCGUCAUGAGCUACUCGCUCUGGCUCAUUGCGGCCACGUGGGUCUGGUCGCCGUUCAUCUUCAACCCGAGCGCGUUCGAUUGGGACUUUGUCAUUGCCGGCUACCGCGACUGGCAAAACUGGCUCCAGACCAAGAACGAUUCGACCGAGUCGUGGUUUGGCUGGUGGUCGGCCGAGCUCGAGUACCUCGAGCACUCGACGGCGUUCUCGCGCUUUGUCAUGUUUGUGCGCAAGACGCGCUUCCUCCUCGUGGCCUUUGGCUUGUACCUCCAGCUCAUGUACCGCCUCUUCUACAAGGAUCAGCACACGACGGUCGCGCAGGGCAACCCGAUGCUUCCGUACAUCCUCGCAGGCGCCAGCGUCGUCUUCUUGAUUCUCUUUGCGUGCGUCGCGUACGUCGCGAGCCGCGUGACCAAGAAGAUGACGAUGAAGCAGCGCAAGCUCCGCAAGAUCAAGUUCAACCUCUCGGCACUCGGUUUCGUGCUCUUGAUUGGGUCGCUCAUGUACUUGUCCGUGACGCACCUCGCCGAGGUCAUCGUUAUCCUCGCGCUCGUGCUCUACUGGUUCCUCCAGUACACGAUCUGCCGCCUCAAGCAGCACCACGUCAUCAUGGUCAACAUCGCCAAGGGCUUUGACGUCGUCAUUGGCUGGAUCGUCUUUGGCCCGAUCCUCUUCAUCUCGAUGUUCAUGCCGUUCCUCGCGGCCUUCCAGCAGCGCGUCAUGUUCAACUCGGCGUUCACGUCCGGUCUCGAGGUCCACAAGCUCCUCGGGAACGAAGUCGCGAACGAGGUGACGGCGCUCCAACCGGCGCCGGCCGCCGACAAGCCCAAGGUCAAGGCCACCAAGAAGAAGAAGACGGACGAGCCGACGCCGACGAGCUACGGCGCCAUCUAA